UCAGCAUCUCCUGCCUUCCCGCCGCUGGCCGCCCGGGCGGCGCGAGCCCGGCCGGAGUGCGAGCUGAGCCCGCGCGCCAGGAGGGGCUCCCGGUGGGCGGCGGCGAGCAUCCUCCCUGGCGGCGCCCCGGCCCGGAGCGCAGGAGGCCGGCGCGGGCCGCCCGCCGCCCGCCCGUUGCUGGAGGGGCGAAGGUGAGUGACGAUGGCGGAGAGGACGUGACCUGCACAGACCGUCAUCCACCCACAGAGUGGCACCGCCAUGCAGAAGCCCAGCGGCCUGAAGCCCCCCGGCCGCGGGGGGAAGCACUCGAGUCCCAUGGGCCGGACAUCCACCGGGUCUCCCUCGGCCUCUGCUGCAGCGGCGGCCACGGGCUCCAAGGAAGGCUCCCCCCUGCACAAGCAGGCCUCGGGCCCCCCUGCCGCCACCACUGCCCCCGAGAAGCCCGGCGUGAAGGCAGCCGAGGUGGGCGAUGACUUCCUGGGGGACUUCGUGGUGGGCGAGCGCGUGUGGGUGAACGGCGUGAAGCCGGGCGUGGUGCAGUACCUCGGCGAGACACAGUUCGCGCCGGGCCAGUGGGCCGGUGUGGUGCUGGACGAGCCGGUGGGCAAAAAUGAUGGCGCCGUGGGCGGCGUGCGCUACUUCGAGUGCCCAGCCCUGCAGGGCAUCUUCACGCGGCCCUCCAAGCUGACCCGGCAGCCCGCGGCCGAGGGCUCAGGUAGCGAUGCCCACUCGGUGGAGUCGCUGACCGCCCAGAACCUGUCGCUGCACUCGGGCACGGCCACACCACCACUCAGCAGCCGCGUGAUCCCCCUGCGGGAGAGCGUCCUCAACAGCUCCGUCAAGACCGGCAACGAGUCGGGCUCCAACCUCUCCGACAGUGGCUCUGUGAAGCGUGGCGACAAGGACCUGCGCCUGGGAGACCGCGUGCUGGUUGGCGGGACGAAGACUGGUGUGGUGCGGUACGUGGGGGAGACAGACUUUGCCAAGGGCGAGUGGUGUGGCGUGGAGCUGGACGAGCCCCUUGGGAAGAACGAUGGGGCGGUGGCGGGCACCAGAUACUUCCAGUGCCCACCCAAGUUUGGUCUCUUCGCGCCCAUCCAUAAGGUGAUCCGCAUCGGCUUCCCAUCCACCAGCCCAGCCAAGGCCAAGAAGACCAAGCGCAUGGCCAUGGGCGUCUCAGCGCUGACCCACAGCCCCAGCAGCUCCUCCAUCAGCUCCGUCAGCUCCGUGGCCUCCUCCGUCGGGGGCCGGCCCAGCCGCAGCGGACUGCUCACGGAGACCUCCUCGCGCUACGCCCGCAAGAUCUCAGGCACGACGGCCCUGCAAGAGGCGCUGAAGGAGAAGCAGCAGCACAUCGAGCAGCUGCUGGCCGAGCGGGACCUGGAGCGGGCCGAGGUGGCCAAGGCCACGAGCCACAUCUGCGAGGUGGAGAAGGAGAUCGCCCUGCUCAAGGCACAGCACGAGCAGUAUGUUGCAGAAGCAGAGGAGAAGCUGCAGCGGGCCCGGCUGCUGGUGGAGAGCGUGCGGAAGGAGAAGGUGGACCUGUCCAACCAGCUGGAGGAGGAGAGGAGGAAGGUGGAGGACCUGCAGUUCCGUGUGGAGGAGGAGUCCAUCACCAAGGGCGACCUGGAGACCCAGACGCAGCUGGAGCACGCGCGCAUUGGGGAGCUGGAGCAGAGCCUGCUACUGGAGAAGGCGCAGGCCGAGCGGCUGCUCCGGGAAUUAGCCGACAACAGGCUGACCACAGUGGCCGAGAAGUCACGAGUGCUGCAGCUGGAGGAGGAACUGAGCCUGCGGCGGGGUGAGAUCGAGGAGCUGCAGCACUGUCUCCUGCACUCUGGCCCGCCACCCCCUGACCACCCCGAGGCCGCCGAGACGCUUCGGCUGCGCGAGCGGCUGCUGUCGGCCAGCAAGGAGCACCAGAGGGAGAGCGGCAUGCUGCGGGACAAGUACGAGAAGGCCCUGAGGGCCUACCAGGCCGAGGUGGAGAAGCUCCGGGCGGCCAACGAGAAGUAUGCGCAGGAGGUAGUGGACCUCAAGGCCAAGGUCCAGCAGGCCACCAGCGAGAACAUGGGGCUCAUGGACAACUGGAAGUCCAAGCUGGACUCGCUGGCCUCGGACCACCAGAAGUCCCUGGAGGACCUCAAGGCCACCCUGAACUCCGGCCCAGGCGCCCAGCAGAAGGAGAUCGGGGAGCUGAAGGCCGUGAUGGAGGGCAUCAAGAUGGAGCACCAGCUGGAGCUAGGCAACCUGCGGGCCAAGCACGACAUCGAGACCGCCAUGCAUGUGAAGGAGAAGGAGGGCCUGCGUCAGAAGCUGCAGGAGGCCCAGGAGGAGCUGGCCGGGCUGCGGCAGCACUGGCAGGCCCAGCUGGAGGUGCAGGCCAGCCAGCACCGGCUGGAGCUGCAGGAGGCCCAGGAUCAGCGCCGCGACGCCGAGCUGCGGGUGCACGAGCUGGAGAAGCUAGACCUGGAGUACCGGGGCCAGGCACAGGCCAUCGAGUUCCUCAAGGAGCAGAUCUCCCUGGCCGAGAAGAAGAUGCUGGACUACGAGGUGCUGCAGCGGUCGGAGGCCCAGAGCAAGCAGGAGGCCGAGAGGCUGCGCGAGAAGCUUCUGGUUGCCGAAAACAGACUCCAGGCUGUGGAGUCCCUGUGCUCGUCCCAGCACACCAACAUGAUUGAGUCGAACGACAUCUCAGGGGAGAAGAUGAGGAUGAAGGAGACUGUGGAGGGCCUGCAGGACAAGCUGAACAAGAGGGACAAAGAGGUGACAGCCUUGACGUCCCAGACCGAGAUGCUCAGGGCCCAAGUAAGUGCAUUGGAGAGCAGGUGCAAGUCGGGAGAGAAGAAGGCAGACACCCUCCAGAAGGAGAAGCGGCGCCUGGAGGCCGAGCUGGAGGCCGUGUCCCGGAAGACCCACGAUGCCUCGGGCCAGCUGGUCCUCAUCAGCCAGGAGCUGCUCAGGAAGGAGCGGAGCCUGAACGAGCUGCGAGUGUUGCUGCUGGAGGCCAGUCGCCGCUCCCCGGGGCCGGAGAGGGACCUGAGCCGCGAGGUCCACAAGGCUGAGUGGCGGAUCAAGGAGCAGAAACUCAAGGACGACAUCCGGGGCCUGCGUGAAAAGCUGACCGGGCUGGACAAGGAGAAGGCCCAGGCGGAGCAGAGGCGCUACUCCCUCCUGGACCCGGCCUCGGCGCCCGAGCUCCUGCGGCUGCAGCAGCAGCUGGCGAGCACGGAGGACGCGCUGCGGGCCGCUCUGGAGCAGGCGCAGCAGGUGGACAGGCUCGUGGAGGCCAUGAGGGGCAGCCCCGACAGGUGCCAGGCCCCGGGCAGUGCCGGCUCUGCGAACGGCGUGCACCAGCCAGACAAGGCCCACAGGCAGGAGGACAAGCACUGACCCUGAGGGACACCGUGGAGCAGCCCAGUCCACACCAGAGCCCCUCUGGCCUGCCCCGGCGGCGCCCCAUCCAGGCAGGGGCCAGGACUGUCACUUUGGAGACAAGAACAGUGUUUGUAACGAUAACGUCCCCCACCGCCGCGGACAAUCCCUGCCCCUCAACCCCCCUGCCGGACCAGGAGGCUUCCUUAAGCGCGACCUUCCACAGAGAGCGGUACAGGCCAACCUGGCCCCGGGACCUCCAGCCUGGACGCCCUGGCAGUUUCUGGACUUUGUUUGGGGGAGCUGAGGCGAUCUAGCCAGGCCCCCUCCCCAGAAGGAGCUCCCUGAGGACCAUCUUGGCCCUGGGCACAUCCUUGCUCUCCCUCCUUCCUCUCCUCAUCCCAGGUCCCCCUCAGACCCUGGGGAGCUGUUGUCCUGCAACAGGGUCAGAGGAGGCCCAGCUUCUCUUUGCAGGCACUGAGGAGGGGAGUCCAGUCCUGAGGAGCUGGGGGACCCCUUUUCCUGCAGCCACCUCCAGGCCAAGGCAGUCCCCAGGGCGUCUCGUCCCCACACACCGGACCUCCUUCAGACGUGGUACAAGUUCCCCUCGGUGAGGCCCAGCUUCAGGGUGCGGGGGUCAUGGUCCUCCCCGCCAGCACACACUGACUCAGCCCGAGCUGCUGGUGGGCGGUCACUGAGGCCGGUGCCGCGGUGUUAGGGAACCCGGAAGCCCUGGCCCCCGCCGACCUGCUGGAGCCACAGCCAGGCCUGGGACGGCUUUGACUGGUCAGGAAUGUGGUGUCCCCUGUGUUGACCAGAUGUUCCGUGGCUCAGCCUCCCACCUGCAGGUGUGCCAGGGGCUCUGAUGUGUUCACCCGCUGACCUUGGCGCACGCACACUCGGGGUACGUGUGCACAUGUGGCUGUGUGGGCGGGGCAUCUUCACUCAGCCAUGCUCGGGCCACACACACUUGGGUUCCAGGACAGAGCCUCAGGCCUGGCGGGGCCAUGCCCACACACCCCGCAGAUGUUCUUGCAACCAGCUGUGAACAUACACACCCAGGUACAUGGGGGUGAGCGUUCAGGGAUGUGUGUGCCACGCACACGCGCCAGAACACACGAGUACCCACAGCCCCUUUCUAAUCUCAUCAUGUCCCACCUCUAGAGCCGGGGCCCGCAGGCCCUGCCUUGUGCUGUAGUAUCGCCCCAGGGGGCCUGCCCCUCCUCUCCAGCUCAGGGAGGGUCUUCACCCUCCCCCCGGGGCCAGAGGGGCGUCCGAUGCCCCCCAUGGUGUGCCGCAGUGUGCCAGGACCGAAGUGUGCCUGGGCGGGCAUAUGGCUCGUGCCCUGGGAGCAGCCCAGGGAGCCUCUGACGUGCCAGGUACAGGCGGGCAGGGGUCACGUCCUUGCCCAAGUACAGCCCAUCCUGGGGGCAGCCAGUUAGUCCCACCAGCCCCCUCCUCCCGCCCCCCAUUGGCUUUCGGCAGCUCUCGCAUGCGGUUUUAUUAACAACAGUCUAGAAGCGAUGCUUUAGUGGCCUAACCCAGAGUCAGAUACUACUCUUUCCAGCAAAAUCAGGCAGCUCGCCCCGCCCACAGGAGGCGCUGACUAGUCUACUAACAGCCACAGGCCCACAGGGAGAGGCUGAGUCUGGCGCCACUGGCAGGUGGCAGGUGGCAGAGAAGUGAGUUCCCUGUGAGCAUCUCCGCCUGUGCAGUCUGGGCUCAGCCAUACCCUGCCCCAGGUCCUCCCCGCACCCUUCCCCUCCCCAAAGUGGAAUUGUUGAAGUGUGGCGAGUCCGUGCUCGAGACAAUAAAGCUUGUGACUGAGGUCCAGGA